UUUGUGUGGCACUAACCAGUCUGUGGAAAUAAUUGAAAUCAUGCACGUGAAAAGUAACACAACGAGGAAGAAAGUGAUGAAGAUUUCCUUCAUUUUCCUGGGAUUCCUUCUAGUCUCUUCUGUGCUAAGUUUUGAGCUCAACGAGUCCGGCAUCUAUGAAUGCUACGUUUGUGACUCUACGGACUUGGAGGACGACAAGUAUGAGGACUGUGACACACAUUACAAGAAAAUGGGCAAGCAAGAGUGCAUAAUUGAUGACCGAAAGUAUCACUCUAUCACCGAUUAUGUCUGCUAUCGCGCAGUAUUUUUCCACAUUGAUGAAGGAUACGUUAUAAUGCGAGGAUGCGAAGUGAAGGACAUUUGCAAUGACAUGCGAAAUUACUAUUAUUCGCUGAACAACAGGUCAAGAGACGUCCCAGUGUCGUGUCACAUUUGCAACACAACUUUGUGUGAUCCUCUUGAAGCCGAAGAUCACGAGAAUGAUUGGGUUAGUGACGAGUGCCAUCACAUUGAGCAGGACGCUGAAUGCAUAGAAGACUAACGGAGACAUACAAUGUCAAUGACCUGAAUUCAGCAAGUUAGAGAUAAUUUUAUUUUCGUACAACGGACAAAAACUGCCAUUAUAAUUUUAUGAGCAAAUAAAAAUAAUGAAAAUUGGCGGCAUUUUAGCCAAGUGAUAAACC